AUGUCUUCGCCACCCAGAACCCGACCGCUGAAGCCGGCCAAGGACGGCCAGCCCUCCAAACCAUCCAUUCCGAAGAAGCGACAAGCCAGUGCGAGAAUCUCGGCCGCUUGCGAGGCGUGUAAAAAGAGGAAGACCAAGUGCACUGGCGGCCCGGCACCGUGUCAACUGUGCGUAUCGCUCGGCACCGAAUGUAUCAUCGAUUUGUCGCUGGACAUGAGACGUCGCGCCGCCCUCCAGCGAACCCUGGACGAGUCCAGGAUCUUUCAAGACACUCUGAACGUCCUCCUUGGCGCCAUCCGCGGCGGCCCUUCCGCCCGCCUAGAUGCCCUCUUCGAAUACAUUCGUUCCGGUGCCAGCAGUGAUGACAUUGCCACCGCCAUCCAUUCCCAAUGGAACAGCAUUGAGGAUCAAGAUUUGGACCAAGUAUUCACAUCGGGCGCCGAUGAAAUGGAAGAGCCACUCCUGGAUGGAUCCGCUGCUCAGCUGAAGGCCUUGGCCGACUCGGUCAACGGCAAUCCCACACAUGAAGAGCUCGAGACCCAGAAAAGAGAGGCAUUCAGGCUUGGGUCUGUGGGAUCGGACUCACGUCGCGGAAGGCUCAAGAACAGGGUAGGCUUAUUUGAUAUGUCGCGACUCGUGGCGGCCCUGAAAACCUGCACCCCGGCCGACGGUGAAGAGCUUCUACGCCAAUUCUUGGCCUCACGAUUCGAUGACAAAAUUUCUUCCAACCCCGGUUCCGGUUCGGUGUCAAGUGGCAUGAGUUCCUCAGAUGGGGUGGUGCAACAAAGCCCCUAUCCCAGCAUGGUUGAACGUUCUCAAUGGCACCCAGCCUUGCAAGCGCGUUCGGAAAGCAACCGAAGCCAGCAACAGGUACACGUCGGCUCACUCUCACGGCGGGCAGUAGAGACAAACCCGAUGAGCCAUACCUCUUCAUACACUUCAUCGUCCUCGCUUGGGUCCGCGAAGCUUCAAUCUUCCCCUCAACCAGUCAUCAGUACCGACAUGCUCAUGGUUCCGGACCGUGCCAUUUCACCCACCGUGCCUUACCUGGAGCCGAUUCAAAGUCCAACCGCCUCGACCUGUGCGACGAAUAUUCGAGACUUGUGCGUGGCACAGGAACAUCAAGCAACAAGGCUUCGCAUCCCCCCACAUCUCGUGCUGCCUCUGACCGUCAACGACGACUCUUACAUGAGCCGGACAUAUUCGCAUUAUCUGCAAGCCGCCCAACAGAUGCUCGAAGCAGGCGUUCCCCCCUCAGACAUCAUGGGUCCCACUGCUCAGGUGGUGGUGGAUCUAUUCUUCCGGCCACGUUCAGCCAGCGACAAAUUUGAUUGUGCUUCGUGGGCAUGCGAGGUUUGCCGGAGCUAUGACCAUGAUGUCUUUGUCCGGCUCGCCUCUGUCUUUAUGCUUGCGUCCAUGAUGCGGUGGCUUCUAGUACCAACUCCCGAGCUGUAUCAGAGAAUUCCGGACAUGAUGAAGCCGACGCCCUCGCAGUGUAUGAUUCCGCACAUUGGAGCCAUUGAAACCAUCCCACUUCCUCCGGUACGAGAUGCUGUCAUUCACCGCCUGCGCGAUUGGCUCACCCCACUGGUGCGGGCGGGGUGGAGUGUGAAUUGGCAGUAUGGGCUGGACGCGGCCAUUGAACGAGAUCCGGCCACCGGAUCCACGGUCUUGACGGCCGACUUUAUCGAACAUGUGUCCGACUACAACAACUGGAGUGUCGCUCGCAGCUUUCUCGAAGACUUUCCUGAGGUUGUGGGACAGAUCAGAAUCCAUGAGUCAUGA